CGAAGCCGGCGGAAUGGAGACCAGUACCGAGGACGGGGCGCUGACCUCCCGCCCGAUGCUGGCUGCUUCCUGGGAUGCCGCAGGCGGGGCCCUGACCCAGAGCCUCCUUCUCUCCCGGGCUGGACUCGGCGCCCGCGACUUCGACUGGGAGGAGCUGUUGGCGCCGCCUGCUUCGGGCCAGGAUCUGGUGGUUUUGAAGAGAAGCCGGGACAGCCCAGGUGGACACCCCUGCUUCCUUUACCUGACGUGUGACCCUGAUGGAGGUGAAGAAAUCGUUUCUGUGGGCCUUUUAAGUUCAGCGAGGAACAUGGAGGUAUACGUCGGCGAGGAGUACUGUGGAACCAGCAGGGGCAAGAAGGUUGGGACCGUCCCGGAUGACAGUAAAUAUGAAAUUAUUUUCUACAAAAAGUAUUUAAAAUCGGAGUCCUCCACUCAUAAAAUAAAGUUAAAGUUGCUUUCCUUUGGCAAAAAGCAGUAUGUGUUAAUCAGUAAAGUUGUGGUACACGUGAAAUUGGUUUUGGCAUAUCCUUCAACAAGCUCUCCUGCUUUAGGAACAAGGAUAGACCUUGACAAGGUCCAACCCAUAAUGAAGUCCAUGGGGUUAAAGUUAUCACCUGGAGCUCAGCAGCUGAUGGAUAUGGUUAGAUGUCAGCAGAGAAUUGUCUUCCCAUUUGGAGAGCAGCUGCAGUCAAUUUUGGGCAAUCCUGGAUAUAAGUAUAUGAUUGGACCACAAACAUCAUCUGCCUUGGGAGCCUCAGACAAGUCGUCCUCCAAACUUUUUCCAUUUAGAUCUGGAUGGACAUCUGGAUGGACAUCUGAAGCCUUAAGCACUUACAUUGAUAAGAGCACACAGCCACCUGGUGGAGGGACUACGACAAAGCUCGACUAGUAUAAAAUUGUACCACAAAACCUUGAAGAUGAGAUUAGAAAUGCGGUGUCCUCUUUCUUACCAAAGAAAGCAAAUGAUAACUCAAAUAUACCUAACUCUGAUUUGCUGCCUUUUCUCCAGGAUUUAUGUAGACAGGUCAACCAUCUCCGUGUGGGACAGAAGGCCAAGUGGCAGGACAGCAUCACCAAGCCUGGUGAAGGCUUUGUUGGUGUUGGAAUGGAAGAGCAACCUGUUUGCUCUUACUUGGAAAAGAGUCUUUCUAAAAAUGUGGAAUUGAUGGAAAAGAAACUUAUGGACUACAUUGAUCGGCGAAUAUAUAAACUCCAGGAGCACAUAGAUGAUAAGAUUGCUUUGUUAAUGGACUUGCUGCAAGAUCCCAACUCCCCACCCGCUGGGAUGCCACUAAGACAUUAUGACUCUGGAGAAAGACUUUCAAAUGGAGAAAGAUAAGUUCUCAACAUAUACACUGUACUGCAGAUAUUUAAUACAUAUUUAUUACAAAGCCAAAACCCAAAAAUGUUUAUAAAAAGCAAGGAUUUAAAAUCCUUAGAAGGAUCAUCGUCUUGCUUACAUAAAGUGACCUUAUU